GAUGAUGUGCGGAGCGCCUUCCCCCGCGCAGCCCGCCACCGCCGAGACCCAGGACAUCGCCGACCAGGUGAAAGCCCAGCUGGAAGAGAAGGAAAAUUGCAAGUUCGACGUCUUUAAGGCCAUGUCGUUCAAGAGCCAGGUGGUCGCAGGGACCAACUACUUCAUCAAGGUCCACGUCGGUGACGACCGCUUCAUACACCUGCGCGUGUUCAGGAGUCUCCCACACGAAAACAAGCCCCUGAGCCUGGCCGCCUACCAGGCCAACAAGGCGGAGCACGACGAGCUCACCUACUUCUAGCUCCGCCACGCCGCAUGGCCCGGCCACGGGACCACGGGGGGAUGGUCUCCCUGCCAGCCUGGGCGGGGCCCCCGAAUGCGCCUCACCCCCACGCUGGGCUGCGGGGGCGGGGCAGGGUCUCUCCAUCCCAGUCAGUGACCCCAGCUGCUUUCUUAUCUUUAAAUAAGCAUUUAUUUUAAGUCUUUAC